CCGAUGUUUUCCGAAUGCGUCCGAUGUUUCCCGACACUCGGAUCCAGUCGUGCCAGUUUUUCCGCCCUCUGCUUUUCUUCCAGCCGGAGGAACCGCAUUCAUGUUCGCUGAUUUAUUUACAUACAUGAAACGCGUGCGUGUUUGUGUGACGGACAUAUUAACGUACGCGAAGAAUGAAGCGUUUGUGUGGUUGGAGUGAGAUUUAAUGUGCUGGACCGGGCCGAACGCAUCCAAAACACAUCAGACCGGAUCAGAACCAUCAGUCUGGAUUCACUGGAGUUCGGUUGUGGAUUCAUCUCGUCAUCAGAGAGUUUAUAUCUGCUGUGAAGAGAUCAGCAGCAGCCGGUUAUUCUCUCUUUACCAGCAGAGGAAGAGAGAGAGGGAGAGACACAGACAGCCGUCUAUCUUUCUCUCUCUCUCUCUUUCUCCAUCUGUAUCAGUUAGGAUUGAGAACGGAAGAGGUUUCUGCUGCAGCAUCUCUAAACGAUGACAUCACCUUCAUCACCGUUGGGCUCGCCGUCCCCCUGCCCACCCCCGCCUCCUUCCCUCCCCUCCUCCCCCACGCCGUCGUCUCCCGCCGCGUCCAGCCUCCCCCUUCCGCCCACCCUGCCGCCCACCGGAGAGGUGAUGGUUUUGGCCCUGGGUCGUAAGAGGCAGAAGCUUCUCAUCGCUCUGUCUAUACUGCCCAAUCUCUUUCUGGCGUUUUUGAUGUCCUCUGACCCGCUGCUGACCCUGGCAUCACCCUUCCGUUGCCGGCUGCCCGGACCGUCGCAUGUUUCUCAGGUGUUGAACGCCUCAGUGAAGGACGUAGCCCAGUGCAAGCGGGACGUGAUGAUCAACGGCACAGCGUCCGGUCUGGUGGACUGUGAUGUGGGGUUCGACUAUAACGUCACUGAAGGACUGAGGAAUAAUAUUGUUAUAGAGUGGGAUCUGGUGUGUAUGCGGUACUGGCUUGUUCCAGUAGAGGAGGUUUGCUUCAUUCUGGGUCUCCUUACUGGCAGUCUGGGUUUGGGUUACACAUCUGACCGAUUAGGUCGACAGAAGUCUCUUCUGGUCUCUUUGAUGCUCACCGUCAUUUUUGGAGUGCUGGUUUGUGUCUCACCAUCUCCACCUGUCUUCAUCAGCAUGCGAUUCUGUCUGGCUGCAGCGAGCGCUGGCGUUUACCUCACGCUGUACGUCACACGUUUGGAGCUUUGUGACCCUUCACUGAGGCUGGUGGUGACGAUGAUGUCCGGUCUGAUGACGUUUGCCGGUGAUCUCUUGCUGCUGGGUGUGGCUCUCGGGUGUCGCUCCUGGAGGGCUCUUUUAGGAACGGGAGCUGCUCCGAUGUCUUUAUUCCUGAGCUAUGGUAUUCCAGGCUUGUUUCCAGAAUCACCACGCUGGCUUCUGCUUUCUGAGAGGACGGGAGACAUGAAUUCUUUAAGUGAACGUAAUGAUCGACAGCGAGAUGAUGAAAGCUUCACAGAGUUGGAAACGGUAUCCUUCUCAUCUCCUGGACGUCCACAUCUGUCGUUACAAGAGCUGCUCCACAGCAGAAACAUCUGGAAAAACCUCUGUGUCUUGGGCUUCACCUCAUUUAUCUCUCAUGGCAUCAGUCACUGCUACAGCUCCUUCAGACGAGAUGUCAAAGGCACCACCCCCAGUUUCUAUUGGACGUACCUGUUGUCCGUGUGUACGGGAGGCGGGGCCUGGCUGUUGCUGUGGGCGACGGUGGACAGGUGUGGUCGUCGUGGAAUUCUUCUCUUGACCAUGACUUUGACUGGACUUGCCUCACUAAUUCUCCUUGGCCUUAUGAACUAUUUAAGCGAGUCGGCGAUGACGGUGUUUUCUAUAAUGGGUCUGUUCUCAUCCCAAGCGGCCGCUUCGCUCUCCAUCCUGUUUACUGCUGAAAUCAUGCCCACCAUCAUCAGAGGAAGUGCAGUCGGAGCAAUAAUGGCGCUGGGUUGCGUUGGCCGUCUGAGUUCUCCUCUCAUGGAUCUGCGCAAUCACUACGGCUACUUUCUUCACCAUGUGGUCUACUCGUCUCUGGCUCUGCUGGCGGUUCUUUCCAUUCUGCUUCUUCCAGAGAGCAAGCGGAAACCCCUUCCACAGACACUGGUCGACGGAGAACAGUACCGACGCCCACCGCUGGUCCGACGGAGGAGGGAUAAUGUUCCUCUUUUAGCUACGCCCAAUCCAGAGACCUAGCUCCCCUGCUUUAGCCACAUAUUUUAGAGACCUUAUCAUUGUAGUCGAUCCUAACACGUGCCGGUGGAGUCGUCGCACAUGGACUCCGUCCUGAGGUUGUGAGGAGUAAAAGGUCCUGAACUGCAGAGUGGCACCAACAUCCAGAGUAGAUGUAAACACUCUUGACCUCAUCUGUCAGCGUACCCACAGCCAGUGGCAUUACCAUGAGAUGAUGGUACAGUUUACCGCUGAAGUCUGACCCAUGUAGCAUUCAGUGACAUUAGUAAUAUUAAACUUAAGGUAAGGGCUUGAAAUCACAAAAUAGUCAUUUUUAAAAGUAUUUAUCUCACAAAAUAGUUGAAAGUUCUCACUCAAGAUUGAUAAAUGUGUAGUGGCUGCCAAGAAUGGUGUAUUGUUAUACAAAGACUGCAGACUGAUUGUUUUAUGAGCUCUCUGAUUGGUCGAUGCUGUAUGAGUUAUUUAUUAUAUUCAACACGGCACUUUUUGUUUCGAGCACAGCUGAAGGGAAUAUCCCAGUUACAACUUCAGUGACAUGGCAAUAACCACAGUUAUUAAAAUAGUAUCAACAGCCCUCAGUUUGUGAAAAUGUCUGAUUGUUUAUCUGCGUAUGACAUAAAAGGAUAAUUUAGACAAGUUGAGGACUUGUUUCCUGGACAGGGUUUAGAUUAAUCCCUGGAGUAAUUUUAUAUCAUACCACACAUGCUGUCAUGAUCUUGAGUUGUGUAUACUCCUUUGGUUUCUUUUCCAUAUCCUAAUGAUUAGGUUACUUCAAAGUGUACUUAGAGUACAAACACAUAAUCUGAAUGUUGACACUGUUUGUAUUUGCGUCUGUUUUACGUUUUGUCUCUACAUGUUGCCUUUUCAGUCAGAUGGGGAUAUAAGUUAUGAUGCUUUCUUUUGUUAGGUUCUUUAAUAUGCACUUAACUAUUAGAAGUAAUUUUAAUGAACAUUGAUAUUACUACUGUGCUACAUUAAUGAAGGAUGAUAGUAUUUCUCAAAAAUAACUAACAAAAAAUACUGUACAUGAAUAAAUCUUUAACCAAGUCUAAUUAAACUAUUUACAGGUCA